GCUUCAGGUUGCGAAGGGCGUCGUCCGCGGUUGAGCCGGGUUCCUCUUAAAGGGGCCGCGCACCCCCGCCGAGGCCGGGAGGAGCGAAGGUGGAUGGAGUUUGGGGGCCUCAGGACGGUGAGAAAAUCCCCGAGAGGGUGGAAGGUAGAGCCUAAAGAACUGGGGAUGCCGUGGGGCAAGGAUUGGCGGAGCCACGUUCCCUGGUAAUUUGGGAUUCCAGCCCUUAGGGUUGAAAGAUGACGAACAGAGACCGUCAGGCAUUUGUCCGGAGGCACACAGCUCACCCUCAGCCUGUUCUUUGUCCUGUCCUCUCCGCUCUGUUUCCGGUUCAGAGUCAUCAUGGCUUUCUGCACACAGUUGAUGCUCCUACUGUGGAAAAAUUACACAUAUCGACGGAGACAACCGAUCCAACUAGUAGUGGAGUUACUGUGGCCCCUCUUCCUCUUCUUCAUCCUAGUGGCCGUCCGUCACUCACACCCCCCACUGGAGCACCACGAAUGCCACUUUCCAAACAAGCCACUACCAUCAGCGGGCACGGUGCCCUGGCUGCAGGGCCUUGUCUGCAACGUAAAUAACUCCUGCUUCCAACACCCAACGCCUGGAGAGAAGCCUGGCGUCCUGAGCAACUUUAAGGAUUCCUUGAUCUCGAGGCUCCUUGCCGAUGCUCACACAGUGCUGGGGGGCCACAGCACCCAGGACAUGCUGGCUGCCCUGGGGAAACUGAUCCCCGUGCUCAGGGCUGUUGGGAGCGGAGCCUGGCCACAGGAGAGUAACCAACCGGCUAAGCAAGGGUCAGUGACUGAGCUCUUGGAGAAGAUCCUGCAACGGGCAUCCCUGGAGACCGUGCUGGGUCAAGCCCAGGAUUCCAUGAGAAAGUUCUCAGAUGCUACCAGAACUGUUGCCCAGGAGCUCCUGACGCUACCCAGCCUUGUGGAACUCCGGGCUUUGCUGCGGAGGCCCCGAGGGUCAGCUGGCUCUCUGGAGCUGAUUUCGGAGGCCCUCUGCAGUACCAAGGGGCCCAGCAGUCCAGGGGGUCUGUCCCUCAACUGGUACGAAGCCAACCAGAUCAACGAAUUCAUGGGGCCUGAGCUGGCGCCCACCCUGCCUGACAGCAGUCUCAGCCCCGCCUGCUCUGAGUUCGUGGGGGCACUGGAUGACCACCCUGUGUCUCGGCUGCUCUGGAGACGCCUGAAGCCAUUGAUCCUCGGGAAAAUUCUCUUUGCACCUGACACAAACUUCACUAGGAAACUCAUGGCUCAGGUGAACCAGACCUUUGAGGAGCUGGCUCUGCUGAGGGACCUACACGAACUCUGGGGAGUACUGGGACCCCAGAUCUUCAACUUCAUGAAUGACAGUACAAACGUGGCCAUGCUUCAGAAACUGCUGGAUGUGGAGGGCACAGGGUGGCAGCAGCAGACACCCAAAGGCCAGAAGCAGUUGGAGGCUAUCAGAGACUUUCUGGAUCCUAGUAGGGGUCGAUACAACUGGCAGGAGGCUCAUGCAGACAUGGGGCGCCUGGCAGAAAUACUGGGCCAAAUCUUGGAGUGUGUGUCCCUGGACAAGCUGGAGGCUGUGCCCUCAGAGGAAGCUCUUGUGUCCCGUGCCCUGGAGCUGCUGGGUGAGCGCCGCCUCUGGGCAGGCAUCGUCUUCCUGAGCCCAGAGCACCCUCUGGACUCAUCUGAACCGCCAUCUCCAACCACCACGGGUCCUGGCCACCUACGAGUCAAGAUUCGAAUGGAUAUUGAUGAUGUCACAAGGACCAAUAAGAUCAGGGACAAGUUUUGGGACCCAGGUCCGUCAGCAGAUCCCCUCAUGGACCUUCGGUAUGUGUGGGGCGGCUUCGUGUACCUGCAGGACCUGCUGGAGCAGGCAGCUGUGCGCGUGCUGAGUGGCAGGGACUCCAGAGCAGGCCUCUAUUUGCAGCAGAUGCCACACCCCUGCUACGUGGACGAUGUGUUCCUGCGGGUGCUGAGCCGGUCUCUGCCUCUGUUUCUGACUCUGGCCUGGAUCUACUCGGUGGCGCUCACUGUGAAGGCCGUGGUGCGCGAGAAAGAGACACGGCUGCGAGAAACCAUGCGUGCGAUGGGGUUGAGCCGUGCUGUGCUCUGGCUUGGUUGGUUCCUCAGCUGCCUGGGACCCUUCUUGGUCAGCGCUGCAUUGUUGGUGUUAGUGCUUAAGCUAGGGAACAUCCUUCCUUACAGCCACCCGGUUGUAGUCUUCCUUUUCUUGGCGGCCUUUGCGGUGGCCACCGUCGCUCAGAGUUUUCUGCUCAGUGCCUUCUUCUCCCGGGCCAACCUGGCAGCAGCCUGCGGGGGCCUAGCCUACUUCGCGCUCUACCUGCCCUAUGUGCUGUGUGUCGCCUGGCGUGAGCGCCUGCCUCUGGGCGGACUCUUAGCUGUGAGCCUGCUGUCCCCCGUGGCCUUUGGCUUUGGAUGCGAGAGCCUGGCUCUACUGGAGGAGCAGGGGGACGGGGCUCAGUGGCACAAUUUGGGCACAGGCCCGGCGGAGGAUGUCUUCAGCCUGGCACAGGUGUCUGCCUUCUUGUUGCUUGAUGCUGUCAUCUACGGCCUUGCCCUCUGGUACCUAGAGGCUGUAUGCCCAGGCCAGUAUGGAAUCCCUGAACCAUGGAAUUUCCCCUUUCGGAGGAGCUACUGGUGUGGCCCUGGACCUCCCAAGAGUUCUGUCUUGGCCCCUGCCCCACAAGAUCCCAAGGUUCUGGUGGAAGAGCCACCACCUGGUCUGGUUCCUGGUGUCUCCAUUCGAGGCCUGAAGAAGCAUUUUCGUGGCUCUCCACAGCCAGCCCUGCGAGGGCUCAACCUUGACUUCUAUGAAGGCCACAUCACUGCCUUUUUGGGUCACAACGGGGCUGGCAAGACAACCACACUGUCCAUCUUGAGUGGUCUCUUCCCACCCAGUAGUGGCUCGGCCUCCAUCCUGGGCCAUGACGUGCAAACCAACAUGGCAGCCAUCCGGCCCCACCUGGGCAUCUGCCCACAGUACAAUGUGCUGUUUGACAUGCUGACGGUGGAAGAACACGUUUGGUUCUAUGGCCGUUUGAAAGGCGUGAGUGCAGCCGCCAUAGACUCCGAGCAGGAACAUUUGAUUCGGGAUGUGGGGCUCAUCCCUAAGCGGGACACACAGACGCGUCACCUCUCUGGAGGAAUGCAGCGAAAACUUUCUGUGGCUAUUGCCUUUGUGGGUGGCUCUCGUGUGGUUAUCAUGGACGAGCCCACUGCUGGUGUGGACCCCGCUUCCCGCCGUGGCAUUUGGGAAUUGCUACUCAAGUACAGAGAAGGUCGGACACUGAUCCUCUCCACUCACCACCUGGAUGAGGCAGAGCUCCUGGGAGACCGUGUGGCCAUGGUGGCAAGUGGCUCUUUGUGCUGCUGUGGGUCCCCACUUUUCUUGCGCCGACACUUGGGCUGCGGUUACUACCUGACGCUGGUGAAGAGUUCUCAGUCCCUUGUCACCCAUGACUUGAAGGGAGACACUGAGGACCCCAGACGGGAAAAGAAGUCAGGCAGCGAGGGGAAGACGGCAGACACAGUGCUCACACGAGACGGCCCUCACAGGAGCAGCCAGGCCCCAGCUCCUGAUGCAGUCCCUGUCACCCCAAGCGCAGCCCUGAUCCUAGAGCUAGUGCAGCGUCACGUGCCCGGAGCGCAGCUGGUAGAGGAACUGCCCCAUGAGCUGGUGCUUGCACUGCCCUAUGCGGGUGCCCUGGAUGGCAGCUUUGCCACAGUCUUCCAAGAGCUGGACCAGCAGCUGGAGCGCCUGGGGCUCACUGGCUACGGGAUCUCAGACACCAACCUGGAGGAGAUCUUCCUGAAGGUGGUGGAGGAAGCACACGCACACGGAGAAGGUGGUGACCCCAGACAGCAGCAGCACCUUCUCACAGCCACUCCGCAGCCCCACACAGGGCCAGAGGCAUCGGUUCUGGAGAAUGGGGAGCUGGCUAAGCUGGUGCUGGACCCCCAAGCCCCAAAAGGCUCUGCACCCACCACUGCCCAAGUGCAAGGCUGGACACUCACCUGCCAACAGCUCCGGGCUUUGCUCCACAAGCGUUUUCUGCUCGCUCGCCGCAGCCGCCGGGGCCUGUUUGCACAGAUCGUGCUGCCCGCCCUCUUUGUGGGCCUGGCCCUGUUUUUCACCCUCAUCGUGCCUCCCUUUGGCCAGUACCCACCCCUGCAGCUCAGCCCUGCUAUGUAUGGCCCUCAGGUCUCCUUCUUCAGUGAGGAUGCCCCUGCCGACCCCAACCGGAUGAAGCUGCUGGAGGCUCUGCUAGGGGAGGCCGGGCUGCAGGACCCGAGCGUGCAGGGCAAAGGUUCCAGGGGAUCUGAGUGUACACAUUCCCUGGCUUGCUACUUCACGGUCCCAGAGGUCCCUCCAGAUGUGGCCAGCAUUCUGGCUAGCGGCAACUGGACUCCAGACUCUCCAUCUCCAGCCUGCCAGUGCAGCCAGCCUGGAGCCCGCCGCUUGCUGCCAGAUUGCCCUGCUGGAGCUGGGGGUCCACCACCACCCCAGGCUAUGGCUGGCUUUGGGGAGGUGGUCCAGAAUCUCACUGGCCGAAAUGUGUCUGACUUUCUGGUGAAGACAUACCCCAGCCUGGUGCGCCGGGGCCUGAAGACCAAGAAGUGGGUGGAUGAGGUCAGAUACGGGGGCUUCUCCCUGGGAGGCCGAGAUCCAGACCUGCCCUCAGGGCGUGAGGUGGUCCGCACAGUGGCAGAGAUGCGGGCACUGCUGAGCCCUCAACCUGGCAAUACACUAGAUCGUAUCCUGAACAACCUCACUCAGUGGGCCCUUGGUCUUGACGCCCGGAACAGCCUCAAGAUCUGGUUCAACAACAAGGGCUGGCAUGCCAUGGUGGCCUUUGUGAACCGAGCCAACAAUGGACUCCUACGUGCCUUCCUACCAUCUGGUUCAGUCCGCCAUGCCCACAGCAUCACUACACUCAACCAUCCUUUGAACUUGACCAAGGAGCAGCUGUCUGAAGCUACGCUGAUAGCCUCCUCUGUGGAUGUUCUUGUCUCUAUCUGUGUGGUCUUCGCCAUGUCAUUUGUCCCAGCCAGCUUUACCCUAGUCCUCAUAGAAGAACGCAUCACCAGAGCCAAGCAUCUGCAGCUGGUCAGUGGCCUGCCCCAAACCCUCUACUGGCUUGGCAACUUCCUCUGGGACAUGUGUAACUACUUGGUGGCAGUGUGCAUAGUGGUGCUCAUCUUCCUGGCCUUUCAGCAGAAAGCCUAUGUAGCUCCAGAGAACCUGCCUGCUCUCUUACUCUUGUUACUGCUGUAUGGCUGGUCUAUUACGCCACUCAUGUACCCAGCCUCCUUCUUCUUCUCCGUGCCCAGCACGGCCUAUGUGGUGCUCACCUGCAUCAACCUCUUCAUCGGCAUCAACAGCAGCAUGGCCACUUUCGUGCUGGAACUGCUUUCAGAUCAGAACCUUCAAGAAGUGAGCCGGAUCCUGAAGCAAGUGUUUCUUAUCUUCCCCCACUUCUGCCUUGGCCGAGGGCUCAUUGACAUGGUGCGGAACCAGGCCAUGGCAGAUGCCUUUGAGCGCUUAGGAGACAAGCAAUUCCAGUCGCCCCUACGCUGGGACAUCAUUGGCAAGAACCUCCUGGCCAUGGUGGCCCAGGGGCCCCUGUUCCUCCUAAUCACACUCCUGCUCCAACAUCGCAACCGCCUCCUGCCACAACCAAAAUCAAGACUGCCGCCGCCCCUGGGGGAGGAGGAUGAGGAUGUGGUUCGAGAGCGUGAGCGGGUGACCAAGGGAGCCACCCAGGGGGAUGUGCUGGUCCUCAGGGACUUGACCAAGGUGUACCGUGGGCAGAGGAGCCCAGCAGUGGAUCACCUGUGCUUGGGGAUCCCCCCUGGGGAGUGUUUCGGGCUGCUGGGUGUCAAUGGGGCAGGGAAGACAUCCACCUUCCGCAUGGUGACGGGGGACACGCUGCCCAGCAGUGGUGAAGCAGUGCUGGCAGGCCACAAUGUGGCCCAGGAGCCGUCUGCUGCGCACCGCAGCAUGGGCUACUGUCCCCAGUCUGAUGCCAUCUUCGACCUGCUGACCGGCCGGGAACAUCUAGAACUGUUUGCGCGCCUGCGCGGGGUGCCCGAGGCCCAAGUUGCCCAGACAGCGCUCUCUGGCCUGGUGCGCCUGGGCCUUCCUAGCUACGCAGACCGACCCGCGGGUACCUACAGCGGAGGCAACAAACGGAAGCUGGCGACAGCUCUGGCUCUGGUUGGUGAUCCAGCAGUGGUCUUUCUGGACGAGCCCACCACAGGCAUGGACCCAAGUGCGCGGCGAUUUCUUUGGAACAACUUGCUGUCCGUGGUGCGUGAGGGCCGCUCCGUAGUGCUCACGUCGCACAGCAUGGAAGAGUGUGAAGCGCUCUGCACGCGCCUGGCCAUCAUGGUGAACGGGCGGUUCCGCUGUCUGGGAAGCGCUCAGCAUCUCAAAAGCAGAUUCGGGGCUGGCCACACACUGACUCUCAGGGUCCCACCGGACCAGCCGGAACCGGCGAUAGCCUUCAUUGUGACCACAUUCCCUGAUGCUGAGCUUCGGGAGGUGCAUGGCAGCCGUCUGCGCUUUCAGCUGCCGCCUGGGGGCGGAUGCAAGCUGGCACGAGUGUUCAGGGAGCUGGCUGCGCAAGGCAAGGCCCACGGUGUGGAGGACUUCUCUGUGAGCCAGACCACUUUGGAGGAGGUGUUCCUAUAUUUCUCCAAAGACCAGGGGGAAGAGGAGGAAGGCAGUGGACAGGAGACUGAAACGAGGGAAGUUUCCACACCUGGCCUGCAGCAUCCCAAACGGGUCAGCCGAUUCCUGGAAGACCCCAGCUCUGUGGAGACCGUGAUCUGAGCGUGCCUGCCUUGGGACUGAGUGGCAUAACUCAGAGGGUCGCCCUGGGCUGUGGAGGAAAUAAAGAGAAACAUGAACGAGA